UUGUUCUUCUCAGUUCUAAAAACAAAACAGAGCUACAACAACAACAAAAAAAUGCCUUCUGAUGUGAGUGACCGAAGAGCAACCAAACAACAGCAAGGAGGUGCACCGGCUCCGGAGCCGGAGCAUCUUCCUUGCCCACGUUGUGAUUCCACCAACACAAAAUUCUGUUACUAUAACAACUACAAUUUCUCUCAGCCACGUCAUUUCUGCAAAUCGUGCCGCCGUUAUUGGACGCACGGCGGCACUCUUCGUGACAUCCCUAUUGGUGGUGGAAGUCGUAAAAAUGCAAAACGGUCCCGUACAAUCACUACUAACUCCAUUAACAGUAGCUGCUUGUCCUCCACGCUCUCUCCUCGCGACUACCAUCACGCGCCUAACCCGUCACACGUUUCCCCUUUUUUGGUUCCUCUAACUGCCGAUCAUGGCGGUUCACUACCGUUUGACGUGAAGCCGAGUGUGAACAUGUGUGGGAGUUUCACUUCGUUGUUGAGCAAUGCUCAAGGGCCUGGUGGGCUUUUAGCACUUGGUGGAUUUGGGCUUGGAGUUGGGUCUGGAAUUGAAGAUAUGGGCUUUGGUCUUGGUAGGCCCAUUUGGCCAUUUCCUGGAGUAUCACAUAACAGUGUUGAUAAUAACAAUAAUGGUGCUGGAGCUAGUAUUUUUGGAAGCACGUGGCAGCUUGCUAGUGGUGGAGAGGGAGGCUUCGUUGGAGCUGGAGGAGAAAUUUUUAAUUUCCCAGAUCUUGCUAUUUCUACGCAUGGAAAUGGUAUGAAAUGAUUGCUUUUAGGGGAAUUACGAAUUGGAUUUUGUAACUUUUAGGGGUACUUGUGUCU